UUUCAUGUGGUCAAAUCUUCUAAACUGUCUCUGAUGCGGUCUACACAUUGACAGUUGGCUUCCUAACAGGUUACAAGUUUUUUGGUGCUCAGAAAUGAGGACAGAGUAAGAGCUCGCCGGAUUGUCCUCUGCUCUCUCACGUUUCCGUCUGUCUGCAUGGCGGGGAUAAUCCGAUGUGUUGUAAAAGCACGCCACGUUUUAAGCAGCUCUGUGCGGAGGUUAUUUGCAGCUGACAAUCAGAGGUUCCACUCUGUGAGAGGAAGAGUAGCAGCCGGCAAACACUACAGUUCAUCUUUUUCACACUCGUCUUCAGGGUCCAUGAUGAGUAAGAAGCUGCUGGUGGAUGUAGACUGUGGCGUGGACGAUGCUCAGGCCAUCAUGUUAGCGCUGGCCGCCCCAAACGUGGAGCUCCUGGGCAUCACAUGUGUGCAUGGAAACACCACAGUGGAGAAUGUGUGUAAGAACACACUUCGAGUUCUGCAAGCCUGCAAUAAACUUGAGAUUCCAGUGUUUAAAGGUGCAGCUAAGUCGAUCCUUGGGAAAAGCCUCAGUGCGGGACAUUUCCACGGGCAGGACGGGUUGGGAGACGCUCCUGACCCCGACGCACCUAGCCUGGACCUGGUUCAGAAGGAGGGUGCUGUGUCAGCCAUGAUCAGGAUUGUCACUGAGAAUCCAGGAGAGGUGUCUCUGGUUGCCACGGCACCCCUCACCAACCUGGCUCUGGCUGUAAGAAUGGAUCCAUCUCUACCGAGCAAACUCCGAGGGCUCUACAUUAUGGGGGGCAACACUGAAUCUCGAGGAAACACUACAGUGUGUGGCGAGUUCAAUUUUGCUGCUGAUCCAGAAGCUGCGUACAUUGUACUGAACGACUACCAGUGUCCCAUCUACUUGGCCUGCUGGGAGUUUACCUGCUACAGCAAGCUGCCCUGGGAGUUUUGCGACACCUGGUUGGCGCAGGACACCGAUAAAGCUCGCUUCAUGGCAAAGAUCUUCCAACACAGCAUCGAGGUGUCACAAAGCGAACGCUUACAGAAAGAGUGUGUCGGCGGCACAGGUUUUAUUUCCUGCGACUCGUAUGCCAUGGCAGCCGCCGUAGACGAUUCAUUCAUCACAGAAAGCGACCAUUAUCCAGUUAGCGUAGAGCUGACGGGCACGCACACCAGAGGCAUGAUGAUAGUAGAUACCGUGGGCUUCCUGGAAAACGCCCAAAAGGCUUUUAUUAUGAAGAAGGUGGAUAUGGAGAAGUUCAAGCAGAUGAUGAUGGCUGCUUUGAAAUAACAGCUCUGAACACACAAAAUAAGCAUGUCACGGUUUCCAUCCACAAAUUUUGGCCCAGUUUUCGGUCGAGUUAUAGAAGCAGCUUUGGUCUUACUACUCACAAUGAGUAAUUUCUCCAUUUGUUUUUAUAAUAAG